AUGAGUAAUCUACCACCUGUUUUGAAACGUUCGAAUGGCCCACAGGAAACUCCUAAAACCGAAAAAAGAAGUGCGUUGCCUUCUAGUACAAAUGCAAUUUUAACUCCACGAACUUUUAAGCAAAACGGAUCACUUGGUAAAUCGAAGUUAGGUCUUGUUGCCGCUAAAUCUAAUUUCGGUGACGGUGCUGCACUGAGGCGAGAUUCGUCCAAAGAAGUCCAUUCUACAAGUCUAAGACGUGAAUUAUCUAGUUCUCAAAGCUCUCUUGUUAAAGAACAAAUACCUCCCGUCUUAACUCGGGAGAAAACUCAAGAAUCUCUAAAAGAUAAGGCGACAGGGAUUCUGUUUAAAGUUGGCGAUCGUGUUCUUGUAGCAGGCACCAAAUCUGGAGUGAUUGAGUAUUUAGGCGGAACAAAAUUUGCCAAAGGUCUUUGGGCUGGCGUGAAAUUAGAUGAAGCUGAAGGGAAAAAUGAUGGCUCUGUUGCUGGUGUUAGAUAUUUUGACUGCCAGCCAUUGCAUGGUGUAUUCUCUAAACCAAACAGACUUCAUAAAAUAAACAUUGUUUCUAAAAAUUACACGUCCGAUGUCAGUACAAUUUUAAGCGAGUCUUUGAAAAUUGGAGACGAAGUUUUAGUAGGCGGUAGUAAAUUGGGGAUUUUAAGAUAUCUUGGACCUACUGAGUUUGCUAAAGGUGAAUGGGCAGGUGUUGAAUUGAAAGAACCAUUAGGAAAGAAUGACGGGGCUGUAGCUGGAACAAGGUAUUUCACUUGUGAGAUGUUGUAUGGUCUGUUUGCACCAUCUUCUAAAGUUACGAAGUCUAAGAAGAAAGUGUUUAAUGCAAAACUGUCAAAUUCACCCAUACCAUCACUGGAUGUUGCUGCAAAGAUGGUCUUCAGUAAAACAUCUUCAAUAGACUCUGAUGUUGCAUCUGAGACACUGCCUCAUCUUCCAUCUCCUGGUGAAAAACAUAUUGCUGAGGAUGAUGACCUUUCAAAAUCCAAUGAAUCACAUCAUAUUGGCCUAAAGAAGACAACAUCAAACACUCAACAAGUUGUUGCACUGCAGAGUGCCCUUGAAGAGCGAGAACGGGAAAUCCAUAAAAUGUUAGUGGAGCCAGAAAAUGGGAAGGUUAACGAUGUCACAUUGAAUGGAAAGAACAGCAAAAACUCCUUCAAUGAGCAGCUUUUGAAAGAUAAAGAUGACAUUAUUAAUGCCCUGAAACCAAAUCUCCAAACAGCAAAAUCUGAAAACUCUAUAAUUCAAGCAAAACUUGAUGAAGAAAAGAAGAAAUAUGAAGAAUUGCAAUUUAUGCUGGAAGAAGAAAAAAUCACGGAUGAUGAACUUAAGGAUCAUGUGAAACAGGACGAAACCACCAUCAAAGAACUAUCAUCACAAUAUGAAGAAAAGAAUCUGAAAAUCACAAAAUUACAAAAUGAACUGCGCGAAGCUCGUUUGGAUAAGCAGGCCAACGAAGCGAAGUUGAAGGAACUUAGAGUAGAGCUGGAUGAAUCACGGAAUGAUUUUGAAAGUUUAAAACGGAGUGUUGACACAACAAAUAAAGAUAGUGACCAUAAACUGGAGAUCUCAUUGGAAAAUAUGAAAAAGGAAUUACAUGAAAGUAAGCAGUUAUUGAUCAAGAAAGAUCACGAAUCAUCGGAACUACAGAAAAUGUUGAAUGAUCAACGAGAAUACAUGGAGAAGGAGAGAGUGAAUUUGAACGAUAGGUUAUCAACCGUCGAGAAUGAAAAGACAGCAGCUAAAGGAGACGUUUUGAGGAUGAAGCAAGGGAGCGAAUCGUUGAAUGAAGAACUAAGACAAUAUAAACAUACGAACAUAGAAAUAGAAACCAACCUUAAGAUAAGAGAGGAGAAAUUGCAAACUUUAGAAAGAAAAUAUAAUGAACUAUCUAAAGAAAAUCUUGCUGCCAUGAGCGAGAAAGAUGAAAAUAGCAAGAUCACAUUGAUGAAUUUAAACGCGAGAAUUACUGAACUGGAGGGAGAAUUGAUUGAGGCUAAGGCUAAUGUGUCUCAACUGGAGAACAAUAUGGCUUUAGAGAGAGAUAUAGCAAAACAGAAGGAGAAGCAAUUGGAUGAUCACCUCGUGAACGCCAAAAAACAACUCGAGGAGAGUAUUGAAGAUUCCAAAAUUAAACAACAAGUUGCGAAUGAUAUAGAAAAUAAACUAAACAUUCAAUUAAAUCGAGAAAAAGAAAUCAUAAAAGAAAAGGAGGAAUUGAAAGAGCUUCAAGUAUUGAUCAAAGAAUGCGAACGUUUGAAAGAUGAAACGGUUUCAGCAAAGGAAAACUUACAGUUGCAAUACAAAAAUUUGGAUACAAAAUGUCGCGAAUUGUCUCAAAAAAAUGUAGAAUUGGUCGCUGAAAGAAAUGAUGUUAUCAAGUUGUGUGAUGAACAGGAUAAACAGCUUGAUGCUUUGAAAACUGAGGAAGGUAAACUGACUUUAGAACGAGAUUCGUUGCUUUAA